AUGUUUGCAUGGACAGAAGCCGAGCGCAGUGCUAUUGUUGGGCUGUGGGAACAGCUCAGUGUAGAUGAAAUCGGACCUCAGGCUUUGGCCAGGCUUCUGAUUGUAUACCCGUGGACACAGAGAUACUUCGCUUCCCUUGGUGACCUAUCCAGCCCCGCUGCCAUUAUGGGGAACCCCAAAGUGGCAACGCACGGUAAAGUUGUUAUGGGUGCUCUGGAGAAAGGCGUGAAGAACCUGGACGACAUCAAGAGCACCUACGCUGCGCUGAGCGAGAUGCACUCUGACAAAUUCCACGUGGAUCCCGACAAUUUCAAGCUUCUUACCGAAAGCUUAACCAUAUGUGUUGCCAUGAAACUGGGACCCUCCGUUUUCACCGCUGACGCGCAGGACGCUUGGAGCAAGUUCUUGGCUGUUGUUGUGUCUGCUUUCUGUGAACAGUCUCGUUAGGCAGUUCCAUGCAAAUCCAGUUCAAGCGGUUGACCGAACGCUUGCAAACGAAUAAACGAUUUAAAUGUA